AUGACCCAGGCAGCAUCCAGCAUCCAUGGCGAUAUCCAGCAGAUAUCGCCAGAUAUCUGCUGGAUAAUGUUGCAAUUGCCAAAUCUGAAUGCACAAAUAAAAUGUCGGUGUCAUUGGAAGGUUACAGGAAGCUCAGGUGGCGACACCCUGUAUCCAGGUGGUGAUACCCUGUAUCCAGGUGGUGACACCCUGUAUCCAGGUGGCGACACCCUGUAUCCAGGUGGCGACACCCUGUAUCCAGGUGGCGACACCCUGUAUCCAGGUGGCGACGCCCUGUAUCCAGGUGGUGACAGCCCUGCCUCCAGCCCUGCCUCCAGCCCUGCCUCCAGCCCUGCCUCCAGCCCUGCCUCCAGCCCUGCCUCCAGCCCUGACUCCAGCCCUGCCUCCAGCCCUGCCUCCAGUCCAGCCUCCAGUCCAGCCUCUAGCCCUGCCUCCAGCCCUGCCUCCAGCCCUGCCUCCAGCCCAGCCUCCAGUCCUGCCUCCAGUCCUGCCUCCAGCCCUGCCUCCAGUCCUGCCUCCAGUCCAGCCUCCAGUCCUGCCUCUAGCCCUGCCUCCAGCCCUGCCUCCAGUCCUGCCGCCAGUCCAGCCUCCAGUCCUGCCUCCAGUCCAGCCUCCAGUCCAGCCUCUAGCCCUGCAUCCAGCCCUGCCUCCAGCCCUGCCUCCAGCCCUGCCUCCAGCCCUGCCUCCAGCCCUGCCUCCAACCCUGCCUCCAACCCUGCCUCCAACCCUGCCUCCAACCCUGCCUCCAACCCUGCUUCCAGCCCUGCCUCCAGUCCAGCCUCCAGUCCAGCCUCCAGUCCAGCCUCUAGCCCUGCCUCCAGCCCUGCCUCCAGCCCUGACUCCAGCCCUGCCUCCAGCCCUGCCUCCAGUCCAGCCUCCAGUCCAGCCUCUAGCCCUGCCUCCAGCCCUGCCUCCAGCCCUGCCUCCAGCCCAGCCUCCAGUCCUGCCUCCAGUCCUGCCUCCAGCCCUGCCUCCAGUCCUGCCUCCAGUCCAGCCUCCAGUCCUGCCUCUAGCCCUGCCUCCAGCCCUGCCUCCAGUCCUGCCGCCAGUCCAGCCUCCAGUCCUGCCUCCAGUCCAGCCUCCAGUCCAGCCUCUAGCCCUGCAUCCAGCCCUGCCUCCAGCCCUGCCUCCAGCCCUGCCUCCAGCCCUGCCUCCAACCCUGCCUCCAACCCUGCCUCCAACCCUGCCUCCAACCCUGCCUCCAACCCUGCCUCCAGCCCUGCCUCCAGUCCAGCCUCCAGUCCAGCCUCCAGUCCAGCCUCUAGCCCUGCCUCCAGCCCUGCCUCCAGCCCUGCCUCCAGCCCUGCCUCCAGUCCUGCCUCCAGCCCAGCCACCAGCCCAGCCUCCAGCCCUGCCUUCAGCCCUGCCUCCAGCCCUGCCUCCAGCCCUGCCUCCAGCCCUGCCCCCAGCCCUGCCUCCAACCCUGCCUCCAACCCUGCCUCCAGCCCUGCCUCCAACCCUGCCUCCAACCCUGCCUCCAACCCUGCCUCCAACCCUGCCUCCAACCCUGCCUCCAACCCUGCCUCCAGCCCUGCCUCCAGUCCUGCCUCCAGUCCUGCCACCAGCCCAGCCACCAGCCCAGCCUCCAGCCCUGCCUCCAGCCCUGCCUCCAGCCCUGCCUCCAGCCCUGCCUCCAGCCCUGCCUCCAGCCCUGCCUCCAACCCUGCCUCCAACCCUGCCUCCAACCCUGCCUCCAGCCCUGCCUCCAACCCUGCCUCCAACCCUGCCUCCAACCCUGCCACCAGCCCUGCCUCCAGCCCUGCCCCCAACCCUGCCUCCAACCCUGCCUCCAACCCUGCCUCCAGACCAGCCUCCAGCCCUGCCUCGCAGACAAACAUUAAGAAACACAGACACUCUCUCUUACA